AUGCAGAACGGACAUAGCGAGACCAACGGACACAGAUCGCCUCCCCCUCCAACGGGCGAGGUGCACGAACUGGAAGAUCUCGAUGCGCUUGUUGUCGGCGCAGGAUUCUCUGGUCUAUGGCAACUAUAUAAUCUCCGCAAGGCCGGGUUCAAGGUCAAAGCAUUUGAGUCUGGCCAUAAUCUCGGCGGCAUCUGGUACUUUAAUCGGUACCCGGGCGCGCGAGUGGACAGUGACGUGCCGCUGUACGAAUACUCCCUCGAGGAGCUGUGGCGGGGAUGGAACUGGACGGAGAAGUUCCCGGGAUGGCAAGAACUCAGGGCAUAUUUUGACUACGUCGAGAAAAAGCUGGACCUGAAAAAGGAUAUUCGGUUCAACGCCAAGGUGACCAAAGCUGUAUGGGAUAAUGAUAAGAACCAGUGGGAUGUCUGGGCCUCAGACGGAUCCCAUGUGCGGACACGGUUCCUCAUUCUGACAGUUGGCUUUGCGGCCAAACGAUACACUCCUUAUAUCAAAGGGCUCGACACAUUCUUGGGCGAGUGCCACCAUACGGGAGAUUGGCCCGAGGAAGGUGUCGUGUAUGAAGGAAAGCGCGUGGGCGUCAUUGGCACAGGCGCCAGCGGAGUCCAGGUCAUUCAGACAGUUGGACCAAAGGUCAAGCAUCUGACCGUGUUCCAGCGCACGCCGAACCUGGCCGUCGCCAUGCAGCAGGAGAAGCUCGACAAAGUCAAUGACAAGUCGGAUUAUCCAGAAAUCUUCCGCAUGCGCACAAACACAUUCGCCGGUUAUCACUUUGAUAACUCGGACAAGAAAACAUUUGAAGUGUCGCCCGAGGAGCGUUUAGCUCACUAUGAAAGUCUCUGGCAGGCUGGAGGUUUCCGCUUCUGGCUGGGGACUUUUAAUGACAUGCUCUGGGACCAAGCCGCGAAUGAAGAAGCAUACAAAUUUUGGCGCGAAAAGGUGCGCGCGAGAAUCAAUGAUCCAGUCAAGAAGGAGCUCCUGGCGCCAAUGAAGGCUCCACAUGCAUUUGGCACCAAACGUCCCAGUCUGGAGCAGACUUACUAUGAAGUCUAUAACCAGCCCAAUGUGGAUUUGAUCAAUCUGAGAGAGAACCCAAUCGAUGAGAUUACUCCGCUCGGCGUGAAAACCGCCGAUGGCGUGACGCAUGAGCUCGACCUCUUAGUCUUGGCUACCGGUUUCGACUCUGUCACUGGCAGCCUUCUCAACAUUGACAUUGAAGGUGUUCAUGGUGCCAAGUUGGAGGCUAAAUGGAAACAUGGAACCUGGACGUAUUUGGGAAUGACAACAGCCGACUUUCCCAACAUGUUCUUUCCAUACGGCCCACAAGCCCCAACCGCCUUUUGCAACGGACCGACGUGUGCCGAGCUUCAAGGCGACUGGGUCAUCGACUGCCUCAAGUAUCUGCGCGCAAAGAAUCUCCAAAAGAUUGACACGCUGCACGAAGCCGAAGAUGCGUGGCGAAAGCAUGCCACUGAGCUCAAUGAUGCCUCACUCUUCCCAGGGACGAGCUCCUGGUAUAUGGGCGCUAAUGUGCCCGGCAAACCUCGGGAGGUGUUGAAUUAUAUUGGCGGCUUGCGGCAGUAUAACCAACGAAUCUCCGAGGUGGCUGAGAAUGAUUACCGAGGGUUCGUAACGGUUUGA